CAAGUCAGACGCUUAACCAACUGAGCCACCCAGGCGCCCCCAGAAUGUCCAUUUAGAGCCAUCAUGUCUGAGGGCCUGCAGUAUUCCAGACUCACACUGGCCACCUUGCAUCCAUUCUACUUAUACCUUUCAAGAAUCCAGCUUGUAGGUGGUUUGUCUCCAUAUUACAGGUGAGGAAUGUGACGGUCUGCUCAGGGUCAUGCAGCGGGCAAGUGCGGGCACAAGGCCGGUGUGGUCUCACAUCCCAACACUUUCCCCUUUACUGGCUUGGCAUGAGCUCAGUUGCACUGUCACACAAAAGAGGACUUGAGGCCAGGACUUUCUGCACCCUGCCAGGCUUUGCACACUGGGGAUGCCUGAGCCAGCAGGACGGUCGCUGAUGCAAGAGAGGUCAGUCUUGCCUCACUUGUGGUGAACCGGUAGAGCCUGCAGUUGGGGUUGCUCCUUAAUCUGUCCUAAGUCAGAAGUUAAGCAGAGAGAAAAGAAGACCUUUCACCCAUUCUGCUGAUUCUGUUUGCUUGUUAACUAAAUGCUACCCUGCUUUGUCUGUGACAACUUUUCACGUGACGGAGUGCUGUCGGUCGUGCGUAUGGUGGAGCUACUGUUCUCUACUGAAAAAUGAGGACUCUUCCUCAAAACUCUAGGGAGAGUAACAUUUGGGUGGAAAUACACUGACACCCAUUGAAAGUCUCCCUCUGAAAUGCUUCCUUUGAGGCUUGCCGAGAUGCCCGUCGUGGUAGGAGACAUCAUGAAGCUGCUCUGCUCCAUUUCCGAGGAGAGGAAAAUGAAGGCGGCCGUCAAGCACUCUGGGAGGGGCGCCCUGGUCACAGGGGCCGUGGCCUUCGUCGGGGGCCUGGUUGGAGGCCCACCCGGACUAGCUGUUGGGGGGGCCGUCGGGGGUCUAUUAGGUGCAUGGAUGACAAGCGGACAGUUUAAGCCAAUUCCUCAGAUCCUAAUGGAGCUGCCACCCGCUGAGCAGCAAAAGCUCUUUAAUCAAGUCACCGCCAUCGUCAGGCACCUGGAGUGGAUGGACGCCGUGCAGCUGACCACGCUGGUCAUGGGCAGUGAGGCCCUGCAGCAGCAGCUGCUGGCGAUGCUGGUGAACUAUGUCACCAAGGAGCUCCAGGCCGAAGUUCAGUACGAUGACUAGGUCGUUUCUCCUGGGACGCAGGGGUCUCGUGUACGUGAUUCAGACCCACAGAAGGGGACAGGGGGUUUGGGAAAGCCCCACAUCAUCAGUGUAUUACCUUGCGUGGAAUGAAAGCUGCUGGAGAGGUUACUGCGGCGCGGUAUCAUGCUCUGGAGAUUAUUUAUGAAGACGUCGUGUUUUGGGGUUGUGUGCACUAAUAUGCACUGACCACCCUGUGGCUGGAGGGCUGGUGAAGAGCGACAUCAGUGACAGCUUUCCGGGUCCACUGUUACUCACAAGGCAGUGUGGCGGAAGGCCCUUGUGUUCCACCUCCCCACCUGUGAAGGAGUCCUGUCCUAAGCACCUGUUAGAGGACGCCUGUCCUAAGCACCUGUUAUGGGACCUGUUUCUCCCCUGGGGCCCUGGGUCUCAGGACCUGGGAGCUGGCCCAUGAGGGAAUCACAUUUCCCUCAUGUGCCCCUUCCCUGGCCAGUGACUUCCAAGUGUCCCUUCCACGGAGGGGCGGUCGGCAUGUUGAGUGAAGCCACAACAUCAAGACCCCCAGCCCUUCUCCCACGUGGCAUACCUGGGCUCUCACCGUCCCAGGGGCUUACUCUCCCCAUCUGAAAAGUCGUGGUAGUUCUUGAGGUUUGCUUUUCAAAUUAAGUACUUUCAGUAAAAAGUGUUGCUCUUUCUGAAUUGAUAGAAUCUAGGAAAUGCGUCCACCCUAAAUUCUCCCUUAAUACUAUAUUCACUUUGUUUUCGGAACCGUAACUUGACUAGGUGUUAUCAAAUUGCAAUAAAUGUUUUCUGAACAGA